CACGCGAGUGUCUGUAUGUGUGUCAGAAGGAAAUCACACAGUUUGUGUCACAUCACAAAUGACUCUUAUUUGUCUUCACACAUCUCUGCAGAAUAUGGUUUGUGUACUUGCUCUUGUGCAGUUGUGUUUGUGGGAUUUCAACGGUGUGUUUGGUGAUGAAGUGAAGUCAGUGUCAGUGAUGGAGGGACAUUCUGGUACUCUACACACUGAUACACAACUACACACACAUGAUGUGAUACUGUGGAGGUUUGGUGUUCAGAGUCCAGAUGAGAUUAUAGCUAAACUGAACAGAGAAGCCAAAACAAAACCAUCAAUUAUUGAGAGAUUGAAGAAUCAUGUAGAGAUAGAUGAUCAGACUGGAUCUCUCAUCAUCACAAACAUCACAACUCAACACACUGGACUUUAUAAACUAGAGAUGAUUGGAAAUACUGUUCAAUACAAACACUUCAGUGUUACUGUCUAUGCUCGUCUGUCUGUUCCUGUCAUCAUCAGAGUCUCUUCUCAGUGUUCUUCAUCAUCGUCAUCAUCAUGUUGUUGUGUGUUGUGUUCAGUGAUGAAUGUGUCACAUGAUGUGAGUGUCUCCUGGUACAAAGGAAAGAGUUUAUUGUCCAGCAUCAGUGUGUCUGAUCUCAACAUCAGACUCUCUCUACCUCUGGAGGUGGAAUAUCAGGAUACAAACACAUACAGAUGUGUGGUCAACAAUCCCAUCACAAACCUCACACAACAUCUACACAUCACUCAACUCUGUCACACAUGUUCUGGUUCAGCUGGUGUCCACAGUUGUAGUUUUACUGAAACUGUGAUCCGAUUGGUCCUCUCUGCUGUAGUGGGUGUGGCUACUGUUGCUGUUCUCAUAUAUGACAUCAGAUGUAAAUAAGAAUGUCAAUCAAUGAUGAUCACAGAUAUUAUAAAUAUAAGAAUGAUAUUGAGAUAUUUCUUCAACACUGUUUUAAAUGGUUGUCUUUGUUAGAAGUUUUUCAGAUGUCUGUGUUCAUAGUUAUUUUAGCCUCAUGAUUUCAAUUGUCCUUAUAAAAGGAAAAAUAAGAGUUUAAAGUAACAACAUGAAGUAUAGCGUGUGAGGAAAUAAAUGUGGUGUUGUAGGAGUCAAAGUGUAACUGCUGUGGUGAAGAGGAUCAACUGCUCGUCUGUUUUUGUGUGUGGUUUCUGAGCAUGCUGUGUUCUAGUAAAAGAUUUCUUCACUUC